AACAAUUACUUGCUCGAUGAUAAUUGAAUUAGAUUAGUGCUGGCUAGUGUCUAAUACGCGUGGAUUUUCUAAUGUUUCAGGCAAAUCACUGUUAAACUGGCUUCGUAAUACACGUUUAUUACUUGGCCGGAUUUCUUUAUUACGGUAGAUGCUACUGUAAGGACUUGGCACGAAACAGGACAACCCCAUCAUGCAGCAGCAGUCAGUAAUGGAAGAGGGAACGGCCUAUGAGCCACCUACCUACGAUGAAACAUUCCCAGUUCUUCCCGAGUCAGCCAGUUCAAGUUCAGGAAAAUUGAAUAUUUUCUCCAUAAAUAAUAAUUUACAACUUGGACGCAUAACUAUUACACAGAUGUUCCGUGUACCUGGCGAAGAACGCAAAUUUGAUCACAGCGACAAAUUUGGCGAACGUGAAUCCAUACGCACGUGUAAAACAAUAAUGAAAGAGACAAAUACGAUCAUUGAAAUAGCAUCGUCGAAGGAUCAAUCUCUUACAUUCCUAAUAACCGGCAAACAAAAUCAAGUUUUGGAAGCCAAGCGCCGAAUUUUAACAACAUUUCAGACUCAGGCGAGUAAACAAAUCAGCAUUCCUAAGGACCACCACCGUUGGAUUCUGGGAAAGCAAGGGCAGCGUCUGAAAGAUCUGGAAAAGACAACUGCCACAAAGAUAAACGUUCCACCUGUACAAGACCAAUCAGACACAAUAAUAAUCACAGGAACGAAAGAGGGAAUAGAAAAAGCUGAACAUGAGAUUAGAGUAAUUUCGGACGAACAGUCAAGGAAGGCGUUUGAACGAGUAUCUGUGCCAAAAAUAUAUCAUCCGUUUAUACACGGUGCGCAUAAUGAAAAUCUCAAUGCCAUGAUGGCAGAAACUGGAGCUCGAAUUAAUAUACCUCCUGCUUCUGUACAAGAAGAUGAAAUAACUAUUGCCGGGGAAAAAGAGGGUGUGUUGGCUGCAAAACAAAAGAUUGAAGCCAUCUAUAGAGAUAUGGAAAAGAGAUGUACUACGGUAUCUGUCGAAGUUCCAAAAUCCCAACACAAAUAUGUAAUUGGACCUCGCGGUAGUACAAUAGCAGAAAUAUUGCAAGUAACUGGUGUAAGUGUAGAAAUGCCUGCACCCGAUUCACCUACAGGAACUAUCACUCUUCGCGGGCCUCAAGGAAAGCUUGGUCAAGCACUCAAUAAAGUAUACGAAAAAGCGAACAGCGUUCGAACGGCCGUAGUGAAAGCACCUGUUUGGAUUCACAAGUACAUAAUAGGACGGAAGGGCGUCAAUAUUAAACGUAUUACACAGGAAAUGCCAAAAGUGAAUGUAGAGUUUACCGGAAAGGAAGAUAAAAUUAAAAUCGAAGGUCCUCCCGAAGAAGUAGAGAAAGCACAAAACGAACUACAAUUAAUGGCUACUGAUCUUAUAGCCAAACUUACUUUUACCGAAUUAAAUGUUGAUCCCAGAUUUUAUAAACAUAUUAUUGGAAAGAAUGGAUGUAACGUAAACCGUGUGAAAGAAGGAACAGGUGUUGUUAUUAACAUUUCUGAGAACGACGGUAGUAACAUUAUUCGUAUCGAAGGGAAUCUUGCUGGUGUAAUGAAAGCUCAAACGGAAUUAAUGGAAAUGGUGAAGAAAUUGGAGAAUGAAAAAGAAAAAGAUGUAAUAAUAGAUCAUCGUCAUUAUCCUAAUAUUAUCGGAAAUAAGGGUGAUAAUAUUAAAGAAAUUCGCGAUAAAUUUAAUCAAGUACAGAUUACUAUUCCUGGUCCAGGUGAAAAGGGAGAUGUAGUAAAAAUUAGAGGGCCUAAAGAGGACGUAGACAAGUGCCAUAAGUAUUUGAUGAAGUUGGUAAAAGAACUGAAUGAAAAUAACUAUGUGCUAGAGGUUCCCUUUUAUAAACAAUUCCAUAAAUUUGUAAUUGGAAAGGGAGGAGUAAAUAUUCGUAAGAUUAGAGAGGAAACGCAGACAAAGAUCGAUUUGCCUGCCGAGGGCGAGAAAAGUGAUGUCAUAACUAUCACAGGGAAAAAAGAAAAUGUAGAUAAAGCUAAAGAAAUGAUUCAAAAAAUACAAAUUGAAUUGGCCAACAUUGUUUUGGAUGAAAUAGUAAUUCCACCAAAGUUUUAUAACUCGCUUAUUGGUACCGGUGGAAAACUGAUUCAUUCUAUUAUGGAAGAUUGUGGCGGUGUCGCAAUUAAAUUUCCCACCGCGGAAAGUCAAAGUGAUAAAGUGACUAUCAGGGGGCCAAAAGAAGAUGUUGAAAAGGCAAAGCAGCAAUUACGUGAACUUACAAACGAAAAGCAAUUGUCUAGUUACUCGGCUGAAGUUCGUGCCAAAGUACAACAUCACAAAUUCCUCAUUGGAAAGAAUGGUGCCAAUAUUAAAAAGAUAAGAGAAUCUACUGGAGCGCGUAUCAUAUUUCCAACGGACAGCGAUCACGACAAGGAAGUAAUUACUAUUAUGGGAAAGAAAGAUGCCGUUGAGAAGGCUAAGGCUGAAUUAGAAGCAACGAUCAAGGAAAUUGAUAACAUUACCGAAGGUGAAAUCCGCAUAGAUCCAAAGCAUCACAGACAUUUUGUAGCACGUAGGGGUGGGGUAUUACAUCGUAUCGCGGAUGAGUGUGGAGGGGUGCAAAUCUCAUUUCCUCGGGCCGGCAUCGACAGUGAUCGCGUAAUUUUGAAAGGAUCGCACGAAUGCAUAGAGGCAGCGAAACAACGAAUGCGAGAAAUCGUGCAGGAACGGGAAUCAAUGGUGACCGAAGAAUGCAUAAUUUCUCAAAAACUUCACCGUACAGUUAUGGGGGCAAAGGGACGUAAAGUGCAAAUGAUUACGUCCGAAUACGAUGUACAAAUUAAAUUUCCAGAUCGUGACACAUAUGAUGAACACCGCGUGUCGGAAGAAAUGAACGGUGAAAAUGGAGAAAUUGCAGAAUCCGUUCCAGCCUGUGAUAUUAUUCGCAUUACUGGACAACCAGAAAACGUUGCAGCUGCUAAACAAGCACUGCUCGAUCUAGUACCGAUUACAAUAGAAGUAGAGGUACCGUUUGAUCUUCAUCGUUCUAUAAUAGGACACAAAGGUCGUGACGUGCGGGAAUUAAUGAGCACAUAUGAUGUUUAUAUUACCUUGUCUCCAGCAGAAGAGAAACUUGAUUAUAUCAAGAUCUCUGGAACACCUCCGUGCGUUGAAAAUGCAAAGCAAGCUAUACUUGAUAAAUGUAAAGCUUUGGAAGCUGAACGGCAAGACAGAGCACUAAAAUCAUUCGAACUAAAGAUCGAAGUUGAACCGGAAUAUCAACCAAAAAUAAUUGGACGUAAGGGAGCCGUGAUUAAUAAAAUACGUAGUGAUCAUGAUGUUCAAAUAAACUUUCCACGUAAAGGUGAUCCCGAAGAACAUAUCAUUACAAUCACCGGCUAUGAAAAGAAUGCUUAUAGCGCGCGAGAUGAUAUCAUGAAAAUUGUUAAUGAAUUAAACGGCUUGACGAAAGACGAAGUGAACAUAAAUGCUGCUGUACAUUCGCGUUUAAUUGGUUCGAAAGGUAGAAAUAUUCGUAAAAUAAUGGAUGAAUUUAAAGUCGAUAUUAAAUUCCCAAGAAAAACUGAUUCCGAUCCUAAUAUUGUAACGAUCGUGGGCACGGAGGAUAAUGUAGCCGACGCGAAGGAUCGUUUAUUGAAUCUAGCAGAAGAAUAUAUUCAAGACGUCUUAGAGAACGAAUAUCGUGAAAGUUUACGUUCACCUCAACGGGAUGAAAGAAAUUCUGGAAAUUCUGGCUUCGUGGUGAAAGGGGGCCCUUGGGAACAGCAACCGCAAAGCGCUCCGAACACCGCCAGUGUCGAAGAAUUUCCACAAUUCGCUGGGUACUCUCAUGUACCUGUGACCAAUCCCGAUGGUCCCUGGGGUGUUAAACGUUAAAAAAUUUUAUCCAGUAAAAUCGAUGAAACGUGUAAGGUAAUAACGUAUAAUAACUUUCCUCUGACAAACAAUACAAAAGGGUACAUACAUUAGUACUAGGUGGUUCCCUGUUCCAUUACUGAUGUUGCUGCAUACGACCUGGCCACUCUAUUGGACUUUGACACUGGUUUACUACAUAACGUUUGACGAUGGUGUUUAUAUUUACAGUUCAUAUACCAAUAUCCUAUGUAUCUGUAACUGUAACGCAUGAUAUUUUAAGUUUAUUGCCAUGUUAGGAAAACACACACACACGUACACAUACACAUACAGUCAGACGUAAGAUGGCGGGCGGAUUUCAUUCGUAACGAAACAUCUAAUUUCAUGAGUUUUAUUUCUGCUGAUAUGCCUUUCAGGUACAGAUAUGUUGUACUUAAGACUGUGGCUUCGUAGGAACUAAUUUUUUUGUGUAUUAUAUAUUUCUCAGAUUGUCUCUAUCCGUAUAGAUUGUACGGCUAAACGUUCUACCGUUUAACCGGGCAUAAUAUUUUGUUAAUUUAUUUAUAUUUUUUUGUACAUAAAUUGCAUUUUUUUUUUUUUGUUGCGUUGGACUUAAGUGGAAUUCGAUUACGAACCACAUCAUGAUAUUAGAGUCUAUACAAAACCUUUGUGAAACGUGAAGCUUUAAGGUCUUUCUAAGGAAAACGUUCCUAGAUAUAAUUUCCUGCUUUUUAAACUAGCUAGUAUAAUAAUAAGGUCGCUUUAUACUCCUGAAAUUACCCAGUGCACUAUAAAGCGGACAAAUCUGCCAACAAACUAAGCGGUCAUGUAUAUUAUUAAAUACUGGAUUUAAGAAAAAGCAGAAGCGUUUAAUGAUGACGAAUACACAUUGGGGGAACAUAAUCUUUAGAAGGCCUUGGUAUUUUUGUACUGCGUUUAUGCAGUCAUCAAUGACGAGACACAGAAUCAUUGGGGUCAUUAAAGGGAAAGAAUAAUGAAUAUUUGUAAUUUAAAAGCUACGCGUAAUAUUCUUUGAACAGCCGAAUUUAUUUAUUCUUUCUAUUUUAUUGUUUGCUGUACGAUGUGCAAAUCUUUGCAUUCUACUAUUUAUGAGGCCAACUAGCUAAGAAAAAGAUAUUCGGUUCAAGUGCCUUGUCUAUUUUCUUCGAGACAGCUCAUUUCAAUUGUUGGAGGAAUGUGAAUAUUAGAUUAUAUAUUACUAUAAAAAAAUAUAUAUAUAUACAUAUAUACAUAUAUGUAUAUACGUGUGUGUAUAUAUAU